GCUGCAAGGAUAGGCCCAGGAGUAAUGGCGUCCAAAGAGGAACACGCAGUAAAAAAUCUCAACAUGGAAAAUACCGACCAGGGAAAUGAAAAAAAUGAUGACAAUGAGCAAGUUGCUAAUAAAGGAGAUCCCUUGGCCCUCCCUUUGGAAACUGGUGAAUAUUGUGUGCCUAGGCGGUUCCGUGUUAGGCAGCCCAUCCUGCAGUAUAGGUGGGAUGUGAUUCAGAGGCUUGAAGAGCCACAGGCAACGAUGAGAGAAGAGAAUAUGGAAAGGAUUGGGGAGAUGAGACAACUCAUGCAAAAGCUGAAAGAAAAACAGUUCAGUCAUAGUUUGCGGGCAGUUAGCACUGACCCCCCUCACCGUGACCAUCAUGAUGAGUUUUGCCUUAUGCCUUGA